AGCCUUGGGUUUUUGAGUCUGGAGUUCAGGUAGGCUAGGCGGCGAGUGCAUUGCAGUAGAAGUGAGGCUGGAGAGAGAGAGAGAGAGAGACAGCAUUGCUCUGGUCCCGAGCUACAUCUCGUUGGUCUCGACGCUGGCUGCGCGUACAGUUGUAAGCGUAUCAGGUACCGUACACGACCGUCACGAGAAUGGCAGCAGUAGAAGGCAACGAUGAAAAUGACAUGGUCGAUAUCGUUGAUGGAGGACGCGUUUCUAAGUUCCUGCUCGGCGAAAAAGAGAUCUGCUUCAAUCCCAGUACAAGCAGAGCUGUAUGUGCAGCAACCGAAGACCGGCUUGCGGAAGCCGCCGUGAAGUUCCGCGCCAUCUUCCAGCAGCGGCUUGGCAUUCCGCCGGGCAAUGUUGUCACGCUGAGUACGAAGGCGCAGCACAGAGCUACCUCCGAAAAUCUGGCCACAAAUCUGAAGGCCUCGGCGGAAACGGUAGGCAGUGACGGGUUGCUUCUGUUUUCCUUUGCUGGCCAUGGGAAGCGUGUUGAGGGCACUAGGCACGGUUACAUGGUACCGGCGGCCAGUCUUGAUGAGGACAGCAGUGGAGGUGAUGAGCCAGAGAACCUCAUCGGAGCUUCUCUAUUUGAUGAGUGCUUGUCCGGCUGCAAGGCGAGAACGGCUCUACUGUUCCUGGACUGCUGCUUCAGUGGACGUCUAUUACGGGACAUACAAAGGUCCACGGCGAAGCUGAGGACGGGCGUUUACAUCAUGUCGGCUGCCGGUGACUGGGAAGCCACGUGGUACUUCUACACGCUGCGCUGCAGCAUGUUCACGUUCUUCGUCUGCAGCCUGCUUGAACAGGAGGCCACGACGGGCGCGGUGCCGGUACGGAAAGCCGUGGAGCACGUCCAGGAGCUGUGUCCGGCUCUCGCCGCUCUACGCUACUCGUCCAGGGCAGAGCUGCAGGAAGUGGACGCUGGCAUAUCGCUGAAGCCCUUUCCGGAGCUAUUUUACAAGCGACCGUCUUUCGACGAAGAGUGGGAUCCGAUAUUUCAGCCAUCGCGCCAUGACCCUCUCUCAGUGGACUUUAUCAACUCGUUGCUCUCCUUGGAGAAACAUAACGAGAACCUGCUACCGGACACUCUGUGUCGCUGGUUACAGACAUCAGCGCUACCUAGCCUGAAGACACUGUACCGGACCGGGUAUCUGAAGCGAAGCAGCAGCAAGUACAGUCCCGUGUUCGCUUGCACGCGCAAGCUGCUCAUCACGAGCGCUGCGAAAAUCAUGCUGGACCACCAUCGCCGCCGUCAGUCACAGCAUGCCAACGCUGAGGAGACCAACGACAGUGACCAAUCAGCGCUGGCUAUUGAUGGUAGAGGUAUGCCGGCUGACGCGGACGUCUUCUUGCGUGUUAUGCAGUAUCUCCUGUGGAUCUUCGAGGAAACUGCGUCGAGCGACGAAACGACUGCAGAACCUGACAAUGAAGUUGAGGAAAAGCCCACACUUCAGUUCCGUCACUUUAUCAGCAUGGCAAAGUACUACUUUGUGACGUUGGCAUGCAGUCUGGGCAACACGCGCAGUCUCAAGAAGUUCUGGCGCAUGCUUCACGGUGGCCAUAGCAUUGUCUUCUGGAACAAAGCUGCUUUACAGGGACAGAUACCUCUCCCUGAGUAUCCUGCAGCCCUAUCUAAUGACAUAUCAUUGGCUGACGCUCUGCCACCUGACCAGGAUGAAUCGGACGAAAGUGAAUCUGACCUGCUACAGGAUAUGACGGUUGUCCGUGACAGCAUCGAGAAGGAGAUAUCUUUGUUGACUCAAUUCAAGGAGGCAGAUAAAGCAUCAUCCUAGCAGAAGAUGGCGACGAACCAGCAAGACGGGUAACUGAAUCCUUGUCUGGUAUAGUGGCAAGAUGGAACAAUAGCUGCAUAUACUUCGUUUUUUUACAUUGAAUUAUCUGACCCUUGAGUACUUUGCAAGUGGAUAUGUUUGCCGGGAAUAUUUUCGCCCAAACAAAAGCAGUGUGUCUGUUUCAAAUUUCAUUUCCGUCCGUGGAUGUUGUCAUGAAUAGAAAGGCCUCGGAAAGUACACCUCCAACAAUGCAGGCUGAAAACUUUUAGGAUGGAAGUGUGAUGAACUUGAAUUCCCAAAGAAUACUCCUGGUGCCCCAGUAUAUCUUUCGAACAUUUUUUUGCACUGGCCAUUCUUUGCUACAUGUUAUUAGACCAGCUAAGCUGACGGCGGACAAUACAGUAUGCACUGUGCUGCUUUGAUGCUACCCAUCGUACAUGUAUGCUGCUGUGGUAGAAGUAUAAGGGUCUCGUGAUAACACUGGUCUCAUCCCGUGGCGCUUUCACUACACACCAAGGUAUGACAUCACAUGGCGUAUUUCCAACAUGAGUUGGCCUGAUUUCAGAAUUUUUUUAUUUUGUAAAUUUUUGACGCACUAUGAAUGUGUGCUUGUGCGUUAUUAUCUGGCGUUGCCAAUGAUCAACCUGACAUGGAGCAAUGAAGCAGAACUGUUCAUACAAUCAAGAUGCUCACAUUUUCGCUAGAGCACGGGCCGAUGUCCGUGCGCCAGUA